UCACUUCUUAACACUUCCUGUUUUUCGCAUUCACGCUUGGACUCCUGGACGAGUACAAUGUUCCCCUUUGAACUGUUUUCGGCCACAACCUGGACUUUAGUGGCUCUGUUUUUCGCAUUGCUUUUAUUAUAUGGUGUGUGGCCAUAUGGACACUUCAAAAAGUUGGGAAUUCCAGGACCCACGCCACUUCCCUUUAUUGGCACAAUGUGGAUUUUUAGAAAGGGCUUUAUUGCUGCUGACCAGGAGUGUCACGCCAAGUAUGGAGAUGCGUGGGGUUUGUUUGACGGCAGAACUCCGGUGUUGUUGGUGACGGACCCCGAGAUCAUCAAGGCGGUGAUGGUGAAGGAUUGCUACACGGUGUUCACCAACCGCAGGGACACGCUCGUGCUGGGAGCGCUGGCCGAUGCCGUCACGGCCGUCAAAGACGAAAGAUGGAAAAGGAUCCGCAGCUCCUUGUCGCCGUGCUUCACCAGCGGAAAACUGAAGCAGGUGUUCCCCCUGGUCACUCGUUCCACGGAGCGACUUGUCGAGAGUUUGGCCAAAAAGGAUCUGAGCGAACCCGUGGACAUCAAACAAUUCUUCGGGCCGUACAGUUUGGACGUGGUGACCAGCGCCUCCUUCAGCGUGGACACCGACUCCAUCAACCACCCGGACGACCCCAUCGUUCUUCACCUCAAGAAAAUUAUGAACUUCAAAUUUUGGCCGAUAAUGUUAUUGCUGCUUUUCCCAUUUUUCAGCAAAGUGUUCAGGUUUCUCAACCUUGACUUUAUGCCCAAGGCCAGCACCGAGUUUUUCUUCAACAUCAUUAAGAGGUUUAAAGAUCAGCAUCAAGCAGAGCAGUCGAGUCACGCAGACUUCCUGCAGGUGAUGAUCCAGCACGAGAUGCCCGAGUCGGACAUAAAGAGCGAACACGAGCAGCCGAGUAAAGGUUUGACGGAAAAGGAGAUCCUGUCGCAGGCUUUCAUUUUCAUCUUUGGGGGUUUUGAGACCACCGCCACCACGCUGACGUACAUCCUGUACAACAUCGUCACCAACCCGGAGGCCAUGAGGAACCUGCUGGAGGAGAUUGACGCCAAAGUUCCCAAAGAUGGUUCCAUUUCAUACGAGAGCCUGCACGGUAUGGAGUACCUGGACAACGUGAUUAACGAGUGCAUGCGCAUCAUCCCGCCGGCGCCUCGGCUGGAGCGCUUGUGCAAAAAGACCGUCGAGCUCGGCGGCCUCACCAUCCCCGAGGGCACCCUGGUCACCGUUCCCGUGUCGGUGGUCCACAAGGACCCCCGCUAUUGGAAGGACCCGGAAAGAUUCAGACCAGAGAGGUUCAGCAAAGACAGCGGCGAGGAGUUGCACCCCUACGCCUACAUGCCCUUCGGCCUGGGCCCUCGCAACUGCGUGGGGAUGCGCUACGCUCUCCUCACCGUCAAGAUGGUCCUGGUCCGCCUGCUGCAGCGCUACAAAGUGGAGACGUGCAAGGAGACCAUCAUUCCUCUGGAGUUUAACUGGAAGUUCCAGCCAGUCAAGCCGGUCAAAUUCAAGUUUGUGCCCAAAGAGUAGGCCAGAAAAGGGGGGGAAAUAUAACGUCUAUAACAUCAAUCAAUGAGUGUAGCUAAUGAUUAAAGGAGAAUGAGAAUCCAUGCUGCAGUACUGGUAGCAGCCAGCAUGGGGCGCAGGCAGCUCCAUAUUGGAGCAAUCAUUUUUGCAUUUCAUUUAUACUUCAUACUGAUGUAUGCAAAUUUAAAAUAAAGAUAACAAAUCA